AAAAAAAAAAAACAAAAAAAACUUUUGUUUUAUUAUACUAGAAUUCUUAUUAUUUUUUGGUUAGAGAUAAUUAUUUUAUUUUUACCUAUUUAUUUAUCUUUCGUUUUUAAUGAAGGUGCAAGAAACCGCCAUUACAUAAACCCUGUAAAAUAACACUCCCCCUUCGAAGAAGUCAUUUGCCCCUCUGCUGGCAAAGCCCUCUCUCUUCACACACACACAUCUCUAUAAACAAUUCAUUUCGUCCCCGUCACUGUAUAGUGAGUAAAGACGCAUCAAAGGCAUCCGUACGGAGAAAUCGAACAUGGUUGCAGUUCCAUUCAGUGAACAGGAUAUGGUGCUGUGGUUGGCUCUUCCUUAUGAAGCAGUAGCCAGUAGAGUUGAUUUAUUUGCUUUAUCUAUGAUCAGAGAGAUCUAGGAUAUUCCACAGAUCAGGAUUUAUGUGAACGAAUUUGCAUGCAUGCAUAGAAUUCUCAGCUAGCAAAUGCAAGGUUUCAGGCUGCUGCAGCAAUCUGAGAUGCAGCUAUCAGAGAACGGGUGUUCCUUACAGCUGAUGACAAGAGAAGCUUGAUUAGGAUUACAAUGAAUGAAGUUGAUGGAGCAGAGGGCUUGGAUUCUAUUUCCAUGGACAAUUCAGUUGGUGAAGAGCACCAAUCAUUGGAUGACAUAACUUCUACCCCAUUAAGAAGGUAUGUAACAAUGGUUGGAACUAAAAAGGAUAAUAAAUGGAUAUGCAAUUUUGGUUGUAAAUCUGAACCUUAUACUGGCACUUAUUCUCGUGUUCGAGCCCAUUUAAUUGGAUUGUUUCCUGGACAAAAAAAACAAGGAGUUGCAAUUUGUUCUAAAGUGAAAAAAGAUGAGAGGGAAAAAAUGAAAAAGGAAGAACUUGCAGCUAAAAGUCUUUAUGGAAGUAAUUCACGCAAGCCUCCUCUUUCUAGUUUACCAAUUGUUCCACCUUCUUCCACUGCCAAUUCAGUAGGGGAACUUGGCACACAAAAUAUUGGUAACUUGUUCAAAUUAUCCUCUAGAGAUGAAACAGAUAGUAUAGUUGCAAGGUAUUAUUAUAGUUGUGGAAUUUCUUUUAAUGUAGCAAGAUCCCCUCUUUGGACGGAUGCAGUGAGAGCCAUUAAUAAUGCUCCAAGAGGAUACAGAGCACCAAGUUCUGAGAAAAUAAGAACCAUAUUGCUUGAUAAAGAGAGGACUAAAAUUGAUAAUGCAUUGAUGCCCAUCAAACAAAACUGGCCUAAGUAUGGGGUUUCAAUUGUAUCUGAUGGUUGGUCUAAUUGUAAAAAUCAACCGCUUAUUAAUGUGUUGGCUGUCUCAAGAGGUAGGCCUGUAUUUGUUACUGCAGUUGAUUGCUCUGGGGAUGAAAAAACUGCACAAUAUAUUUCUGAGAUUUUGCUCAAGGUUAUUGAAACAGUGGGAACAUAUAGUGUUGUGCAAAUCUUAACUGAUAAUGCAUCUACUUGCAAGGUUGCUGGAGAUAUAAUUCAAGCAAGGCAUUCUCAUAUUCUUUGGUCUGGUUGUAUGGCUCACACAUUAAGUCUUCUCAUGAAAGAUAUUGCAAACUCAACAAACCCGUUAUUAACUUUGGUUGGUACUUGUUAUGCCAAGGCAAAAGGGGUGGUGAAUUAUAUAAAAAAUCAUAGUUUUGCUCUGUACAUUUUCAGGACUUUUUCUGCUUUAGAAGUAAUUCAAGUGAAGAAAACAAGAUUUGGUCAUCAUUUUGUUGUGCUAGAUCGUCUUUUUCGGGUGAAAAAUGCUUUGAUAAGUGCAGUUUUAUCUGAAGAGUGGGAAGCACUUAAGAAAGGAACCUCAAGGUCAAAGCUAGAACAUGAUCAGAUUAAAAAAAUUGUGCUAGAUGAUGAGUUUUGGAAAGAUCUAAAAUUUGUUUUGUCAUUCACAAAACCAAUUUGGAACAUGAUUCGUUUUUGUGACUCUGAUAGAGCAGUUGUUGGAGAGGUUUACCAAAGAAUGGAGGAUAUGCUGGGACAUAUUGAAGCGGCAUUAUCUAACAAAUUUGAGAUGUGUACAGAAGUGAAAGCUCUAGUUAUCGCACGAUGGGCAAGGAUGAAUCUUCCUUUACAUACACUUGCUUAUGUGCUUACUCCUUUUUAUUAUUCUAACUCUUGGUUGACAAGUGUAGGUCCAAAUGGAAAGGAAAGGAUGAAGCCUCAUGCUAAUUUAUUUGUGCAAGGUUCCUAUUUGAAUGUUGUUGAUAGACUUGUGAGAGAUCCUCGAGAUGCACCUUUAAUUCGGCAACAACUUAGUGAUUUCACAAGUGAUGAAGGUGUUUUUGCUCGACCUCAAUCAAUUGAAGAUAGAAAAAUGAUGAGUGCAGUAGCUUGGUGGAACUUAUAUGGUGUUGCAGCUCCCGAACUUUAUGCUUUAGCAAUUAAGGUGUUAUCUCAAACUGUAAACACAUCUUGUGCAGAGAGAGUAUGGAGUACUUAUGGGUAUAUCCAUAGUGUCAAAAGAAAUAAAUUGAAUGCUGAUCGUGCUGAGUCAUUAGUUUAUGUUCAUUACAACAACAGAUUGUUGACAAGGUAUAGAGAAGACUAUGAGAAAUCUUACACGAACUGGGAUGAUUUUGCUUAUGAAGAUGAUUUGGAUAAUGAUUUAGAAAGUAUCGAUAAAAGGGAGCAGGCUACACUUUAUGCUGAUGAGAUUGAGGCUUCAAGUUCUUCUUUAGAUAAUGCAACAUCUAGUACUUCUUUGCCAUCCACUCAAGGGGCUAACAUGUCUCAAACAAGCCGUAGAGAGGAAAUUUCCUGAGGCAAGAGGCCACGGAUCAACUAGAUUGCAGUAAAAUAGUCUCUAACAUUUUGUUUUUGUAGUCUCAUUUUGGUUUUGGGUUUGGAAGUUUGAAUAUUUCAUGUCUGUUUUAAAGUUUAGCAAUAGAAUUUGCAAACUGAAGUAUUGUUGUCUUUUUCUUUUGCUUUUGAUCAUUGCUAUUUCCGAGACAAUGAUUGUCAUCUUGAGAGCUUAAAGCAGGUUAAAUGUAUAAAAGACAAUGCUUUUGAACAUUGCUUUUUCUGUUAUGCCCUAUUCACUGUUAUGUUUUUGUUUUUAUAAAGCA